AGCGGCCAAUCCCUAGUCCCGAUUGGCCGCCAGUGCCACGCCUACUAGAGUCCGCGGAGGGCAGAGCCCUCACACACACUCACGCUGUGGGAAUGAGGGACAAGAUGUCUGCUCCCCGCUCUCUCCCUCACAGCCUCUCCUUCUCCACCUUGUGCUGCUGAGAGCGGCUGGAACCGCCGUGUCUCCCUGUCUCCUCGCAGCUGUCACCCGUGUCCGGUACCUUCCGAUGCCCCCUCCAAAGCCUUCCCCCGAGUCCCUCUCUUCCCUCCCCAAUGUGGACUCUCCAGGCGUCGGCUUCGCUCCUCCUUUGUAAUCCGCGCAGGGAAUCAUGGCGACCCGCCGGGCAACUGUACCUGAGCAGCAGCCCUCCAGCCCGGGCAGCGAGAUUUCUAAAAACAAAGAUGGACAAGAGCAAAGUGAGAUGGUAUCGCCGACGGAGGAGGAAGGCUUCUGCUGGCCUGGCCCAAAAUCUGUCGCUCUUCGAAGAGCGUCCGAGGGAUUUGGUUUUACUUUAAGGCACUUCAUUGUGUAUCCCCCAGAGUCGGCAGUUCAUACGACUGUGAAAGAUGAAGAGAAUGGAAACAGAGGAGUUAAUGCAGGGAGACCAAGAAACCGGCUGGAGCCAAUGGACACCAUCUUUGUUAAACAGGUUAAAGAAGGAGGCCCAGCGCAUGAAGCAGGACUGUGUACAGGGGACCGGAUUAUAAAAGUGAAUGGUGAAAGUGUCAUUGGUAAAACUUACUCCCAGGUGAUUGCUCUCAUCCAGAACAGCGAUUCCACAUUAGAACUCAGUGUCAUGCCAAAAGAUGAAGAUAUCCUACAACUGCUGCAGUUCCCAAAGGAUGUCACGGCACUGGCAUAUUCACAAGAUGCUUACCUGAAAGGGAAUGAUUCCUACAGUGGCAAUGCACAAAACAUACCCGAACCUCCACCCAUAUGCUAUCCUCGAACAAAACCUGCAGCUUCAGUGAUGGCUCAACCAGUUGAAGUUCCACCUUCAGGCACAUCAUUGACUAAGCAACAAUCCAGCCGUCCGGUGCGGACAGCAACAACGCAGCCUGACCGAAGCUACAGGGUUGAAAUACAAGUGCCUCCUUCACCAACAGAUAUUGUCAAAUCGAAUACAGCUGUAUGUGUCUGCAAUGAAGCUGUUAGGACUGUUAUAUUGCCUUCUGAGAAGGUUGUAGAUCUUUCAUCAAAUAGAACUAACCGGGCUGGCCCAUUGCACAGAACUGAAGAAGUAAGGUAUGGGUUGGCAGAUCCGUCUAUGUUAAAAAGGACUACAUCCCCUCCAUCUUCCACCCCUAGUGUGCCGAUGGUUCCAGCCUCUCGGCAGUUCGAUAAUGCUGGAGUAAUUGGCAAACCUCCAAGCUAUGGAGGACAUUCUGAAAGCAUGUUUAGCACUAGGCCCUCUCAAGCAGAAGAAUCUCCAUCUCCUACAAACCAUUAUGCUUCACCUGGUUCCCACCAGCAAAUAGACUGGCGAAACUAUAAAACUUACAAAGAAUAUAUUGAUAACAGACGUAUGCAAAUGUAUGGCUGCAGAACAAUCCAGGAAAGACUAGACAGCCUUAGAGCAGCAUCUCAAAACACAACAGAUUACGAUCAAAUGUUGCCAAAUCGCUCUUCUGGCCAGGUACGGAGGCGGAGUACUUCUCAUGACCGGGUACCGCAGUCUGUCCAAAUGCGACAGCGGAGCGUUUCACAGGAGAGACUUGAGGAUCCUGUUUUGAUGAAAGAAUGGCCUAGAAGUGCUUCUCAAGAUACACUGACGUCACUUACUGUGGCCCCCAGGAACCACAGAUCAGAGUCAUGGGAUUAUCUCACCAGAAAAGAGGAUUUUGACCAAUUCAUUGUAGAUACUCAAUCUAAUGGAGAACAAAAGCACAAUUACAAAUGGACUGGAUUCACAGAACAAGAUGACCAAAGAGGCAUUUAUGAAAUACCUAGACAACAUUCAUUUCAUAUGUCUCUUCGGUCACCAAACUAUACAAUGGCCCCUCUUCCUUAUCCCUCAGACAGCAGACGAGCAGGUACUAGAGUUUUGGCUCCCGCACGUCCUUUGCAAAAAGUUCAUCCUGACCUAAAAACCAUACAACCUACAAGGAAUUUCCAAAACUCUUAUCGAUCUCCACAUCCGAGACCAGCUGUAAGCGAAAGAUUGGUUUUUCCUAUUUCUAAAAGCAACUCCGUAAAAAUACCUGCGACUUAUGCCUCUAAACCCUAUUCUCCCAGUGUCGGUUCAGAGGAUGGUAUCGUCAAAGACCAAAAAGCAGUUAACUACAUACAUGUAAGUGGCCCUCAAAACUUUCAGAGAAAACCUCAAACAGAAAGUGCUUUGGGCUUCCAGUUGGACUCUCUCAAAACAUCUACGUCUGCCUCAUCUUCAUCUCCGGCUCACACUAAGCCUGCGAAGCAGGUGAAACAUAGCACAGCUACCUCCCAGAACGUAGAUGGUAAAAAGACUCAAAGUCCAGAGGCAAAUGCCAGUGAUUCUAAUUCAGUAUUGACUUCUAUAGACCAGGUGGUUCUGAGGGAAAAACCUUCACCUGGUCAACAGACUUCACAGCCUAUAAGGCAGCCAUCCUAUAUUUUUGCUGUCAGUGAUGUGGAAGGUGCGUCAGACACAACCUGCUGGUUACCCAACGAUGCCCGUCGGGAAGUACAUAUUAAAAGAAUUGAACAGAAAAAGGCAUCCGGCUCUGAUUCACCGGGGGAUUCUCUGGCAUCCAUCCCUUUCAUAGAUGAGCCAACCAGUCCCAGCAUUGACCAUGAAAUUGCAAACAUUCCUGCUUCUGCUGUUAUAUCUAUUUCCGUGCAACCGCUGCCCACCAUCACCACAGUUCCACCCAGCCCCACGUCCCCAGUGCCAUUGAUACGGCGUCAUUUCUCUCACGAUCACGAUUCCAUUCGGCCAAGCAUCUUGGAAGUGAACUCAAAGACUGAAAGAUCCAAAUCUUGUGAUGAGGGACUUGAUGACUACAAGGACGAGGGGAAACUAAGCCUGAAGCAAGGUUCCAGCCUUAAAGGAAUCAAGGCAAGAGAAAAUGUGCCGUCAUCCGAAGACUCUGAAUCCAGGAAAGAUUCCUCCUCUGACGUCUUCAGUGACUCAAAUAAGGAAGGCUUUCUGUAUUUUCGGCAGCUUACUACUGAGAAAGGAAAGAGAGUGAGCGGGAGCAUGCGGCCCUGGAAACAGAUGUACGUUGUCUUGCGUGGCUCAGCGCUGUAUUUGCAAAAGGACAAGAAAGAGCAAAGCGGCCAUUCCUCAGCGCAGUCUGACGAGGAGCAGCUAAUAGGCAUAAAUGGAUGUUUAAUAGAUAUAUCAUACAGUGAAACCAAGAGAAAGAAUGUGUUCCGUCUGACAACAUCCGACCGUGAAUUCCUCUUUCAAGCAGAAGAUCGAGAUGAUAUGUUAGCUUGGAUUAAAGCUAUACAGGAAAAUGGCAAUCUCAAUGAUGAGCAAACCGAUCAAGCAAGCAGAGUGCUUAUUAGCAAGAGAAUCAAAGAAUAUAAUACAAUGAUGAGCUCCUCCAGCAACAAAUCUGAACAGUCUCCAAAACCGUCACGGCAGACUUUGAGCAUCCGGCAGCCAUUCCGUGCCACUAAACCCGAAGGCAAGCUUCAAAGUCCCCACUCUCCAAAACAGGAAUCUGAGAGAAGGUUGUUCAGCAAAGAUGAUAUUAGUCCACCUAAAGACAAAGGCUCAUGGCGAAGAAUCAUGAAAAAGCCCUUUGAGAAAAAGCCAACCACUGGUGGGACUUUUGGUGUGAGGCUGGAUGACUGCCCCCCUGCUCACAACAACAAGUAUGUCCCCUUGAUAGUUGAUGUAUGUUGCAAGUUAGUAGAAGAUAGAGGGCUUGAAACCACUGGUAUCUAUAGAGUUCCUGGUAACAAUGCUGCUAUAUCUAGCAUGCAAGAAGAGCUCAACAAAGGAAGCACAGACAUUGAUAUCCAAGAUGAUAAAUGGCGUGACCUGAAUGUAAUAAGCAGUCUACUGAAAUCCUUUUUCCGGAAAUUGCCAGACCCUCUGUUCACUAAUGAAAAGUACAAUGAUUUUAUUGAAGCAAACAGAACGGAAGACCCAGUAGAACGACUGAAAACUCUAAAAAGACUGAUAUUGGAUUUACCAGACCAUCAUUAUGAAACACUUAAAUACUUGUCUGCACAUCUGAAGGCCGUGGCAGAGAACUCUGAAAAAAACAAGAUGGAACCCCGAAAUUUGGCGAUCGUGUUUGGACCAACACUUGUUCGGACAUCGGAAGACAACAUGACGCACAUGGUCACACACAUGCCUGACCAGUACAAAAUAGUGGAAACCCUGAUUCAGCAACAUGAUUGGUUUUUCAGUGAAGAAAGUGCAGAUGAGCCAAUUACAGCUGUACAGGAGGAAAGCACAGUAGAGUCUCAGCCAGUGCCAAACAUAGAUCAUUUACUCCCCAACAUUGGAAGGACUGGACUUUCUCCAGGAGACGUAUCAGAUUCGGCUAGUGACUCGGCAAAAUCUAAGGGUUCUUGGGGCUCUGGGAAAGAUCAGUAUAGCAGAGAGCUGCUAGUGUCUUCUCUGUUCGCUGCAGCCAGUCGCAAGAGAAAGAAACAAAGGGAUAAACCCCAGCCAAGCAGUUCAGAAGAUGAGCUUGAUAAUGUAUUUUAUCAAAAGGAGCUAUUGCAAGUGGAGUUUCAGAGGCCAGACAAACAAAAUGUUGAUAAGGAUGUGGACCUGAAAGCCAAUGCACUUUCAUUAAAAGAUGCUGACAACAUUAAGGGCACAAAUAUAAUUAAGGAAGAUAAGCUAGAAAAAGACAUAAUGCAUUCUGAAGCCACUUCUCCUUGCCCCCCAAAGCUUUCAGAACCCCCAAUAGUGAAUCAUAGGCUACCACCAGAUGACAAAAACAUCCCACAAAUAAGCUUCCAAAUGGAAGAAAGCAUGUCUGACUCAGGAACUAUGCUUAGCACUUCAUCCCAAGCCUCUGCGCAAAGGUCAAAACCCAAAGUGGUUAGUCCUGAAUUGAAAGGCAGUGAUUUCCUAACAGCGGAUGUGAGCUCCAUCACCUCCGAUUACUCUACAACAUCAUCAACUAUAUACAUCACUGGGUUAGACCAAAAUCUGAUCAGCCCAGAGGUCCAGUCUGUGGCAGAAAGCAAAGGAGAGGAAGCCGAUGAUGAGAGAAGUGAACUUAUUAGUGAGGGCCGGCCAAUGGAAACGGAUAGUGAAAAUGACUUCCCCAUAUUUGCUUCAAGCAUUGCUUUCGACAGGCAACAUCGGAGCAAAGUGGAAGAGCCAACGAGGAAUGUUCAAGUGAACUCAGAAGGAAGUCCCAGCUGCACAGAAGGGAGUAUAACUCCAAGGAUGGACAGACGAAGAUUUAGCUCUCAUAAACUUAUUGAAUGUGACACUUUAUCGAGAAAAAAAUCCAUACGACAAAAGACAGAUAGUGAAUGUUCUGCUGAGAGCAAAAACGAGGAAACCCUGUCAGAUGCGCAGGAGGCGGUGAAGAAAGGUAGGUCCCUAAGCAUUGGGGACACCACAACCAAUAAUGAGCCUGAAGAGCCGGCCUGGAGAAUUAAGAUAACAGAGAGGCUGAAACUGCGCCUUAAAGCAUCUGCAGAUGACAUGUUUGGAAUAGGAAGUCAAAAAGCACAGGCUGCUGAGACCCGAAAGAAGAAAAACAUUCGGAGGAGGCACACACUUGGGGGACAGAGAGACUUUGCUGAAAUCAGCGUUUUAAAUGCUUGGAAAAUCAAUGAGCCAAGUUCUAAGGAAGCUGAACUUUCUGCUGUGGAUCGCUUGAAGCCAAAGUGUCCUUCUCAGGACCUCUCCAUUUCCGACUGGCUUGCCCGGGAACGUUUACGUACUAGCACAUCUGAACUCAGCAUGGUGGAACCUGAAGAGAAACGCAUUAGUGACGCCACCAGUCAGAAGGAGCCAGCCUCUCCCAGUCCUCCGCCGCCGGCAUCAUCUCCCUCCCAAGUAAGCACAGCCAUCGUUACUGCUGGAAGCGAAAGCCCAUCCCAAGGAACAGCGCCCCCGCCUGACGAUCAAAUGAACGGCGACAGCUUCCAGAGCAAAAACAAAAACAACUUCAGUCCUGCCGUCGAUGCCCACCCCCAUAAACUCUCCGGUACUCAAGUCGUCAGAUCUCGAUUUUACCAGUACCUUUAAAGGCUCCCCACAGUUGCAGUUGAAUAGCUUCUAGUUGAUUUACAUGUAUAUCUUGUGCCUGAACUUUAUUUUGUAUUUUUUUUUUUUCAGCCUUUUUAGGGCUGGAUUCAUUCAUAGGCCCUGUGGAACGUCUUCACAGAGCUUAGCUGCAGCCAGACGAACAUGUCAUUGACAGAAUUAACUGUUUUGUUUUUUUUUUGUUUUUUUCUCUUUUUUUAAUGGAAGUUCUCACAAAAUCUGAACAAUUAAUUUGGAGAUAAAUUCUUCUUUGUACACACUGCUAGUCGUGUUUGCUACUUCAUUAUCUGCCACUAUAACACCCAUCCUUCUGAGUUAGCUCCAAUGUCAGGGAUCUGCAGCCUGAGUCUCUACCCAGAAUCCCUUGCUAGCUGUUUUCCUAUUAAGGGAUGAUGGGAGUUUACCCGUUGGGAGAACCAAGCGCUUCAGAUCCCUGGCCCCAAGUAAAAGUGCCUCAUUCUGAAUUCAUCCGGUUCGCUAGGGUGCCAUAUUGUUACACGCUAAUUCGAGAAAAAAAACCCAAAAAAACGUUAACUGUGAACAAGUCUGUAACGUUUGAUCCGUGAUCCAUUUUCGUCCAGUUUUACAGAUUUUAACAGGUGGAUUCCGAGCUUCCAUUCCUACGCAUUCCAGUCAGAUCUCCCAGUUUUAUACGCAAACUUUUAAUACCGUUUUGAGUUUUAUGUGACUUGAAUUUUUAAUCUUUCUGUAAGAUACAGUAACUUAAAUGUAUAUACUAAAUGUGUAUCUUUUCUUCAGAUACCAGAUUUGAUAUAAAUGUUGUACAAUAGGCAUGUAGAUAGUGAAUUGGUUUCUUUUAUUGCAAAGGAAUAUAAUUCUGCAUGAAGUCCCAAUAAAAUCUUGUACCAUGCCUGUGAGCAGCACACCCACGUAAAAACACUGGAAAUAAAAGUCUUUGGUGAU